AUGUCUAACGACAAGCGAGCAUUUCAUCUCUUAAUAACAUCGCACAAAGACAAUUCUCAGGAACCACUAGCGUUUACUUGUGGCGGUGGAAGUGGAAUAGUACAAAGUACCCAGCUUCUUGUGCUGAAAUCUGAGCAUGCAAAACUGGAAAAGGAACAUGCGAAACUGAAGAAAAAACUGGAGAUUAUGUUAAAAAAUGAGCUGCUCUGGAAGGAGGAAGUUAGGAAAUGGAAAGAGCGGUCCUUUAGGAGACAGCAGCCCACAAGCGAGGAGCAACAGCUGAAAUCACCAAGGAAAACUGUGUCGGAGUUGCCAUCUUCUCCCUGUAGAGAGUGGUCCUUUAGGAGACAGCAGCCCACAAGCGAGGAGCAACAGCUAAAAUCACCAAGGAAGACGGCUCCUCCUUCUGUGUCAGAGCUGCCAUCUUCUCCCUGUAGAGAGCGCUCCUUGCAACCAGCUCUGUCGUUGGACAUGCCCGCUCCUGUGUUGUUGAACUGUCCGACCUUCUUUGAUAACUCUCGCUUAGGAGAUUUUAAAGACACAAAGUCUUCAGGUUUCCAGUCCACUGACACAGCAGCAGAGUCUACAGACGAAAGUUUUAAACCGUGGUUUGCAGGCUCAGACAAUGACGAUGUUUCUAAAUGCAAGACACAAUAGCUGCCUUGAUAUUUUGUGGACACGGGUUGAUUAAUAGAUUUCCAUCUUUUUUUGACUUAAUCAUAC